AUGAAGCGACCCCACAGUCCUCACGCGAUUGGUUCGCGAAGGUCGACGCGUCGCGCGAUCAGUGUGGCGAAGGAUGCGAACAAUGAUGCCGCGGAUGUGACGGCAGCCAGGGACAUCUUAAGUCAUGGGACUCCGUCGGAUGGCCCCUCCGAGAUUCGCGGAGCACCGUUGGAUGAUGGGCCGACGGGUGCAGUGCUAGAUCGAGUCGCGAUGGACUCAGAGCAUGGGGAGACGGGGGAGCAUGGCGGGAAGGCCUUUGAAACGCAGAUUGAAGGUGGGGAUGCGGGGAAGCAUGACUGGAGGGCCUUUGAAGCGCAGAGAGAAGGUCGAAAAGCGGGUCAUCCUGUUGUGGUUUGUUACCACCGGCGGCGCGUGCGGAUCGGAGGGGAUGGAUGGGAAGAUUAUCUGCGAGAUCAUCAACCGCGGCGCGAGGCAGCGCAAAACGGGGGAGUCCCCCUCGCGCCUCUCGGAGACGGGCGCACGCUGGCGGAGAAGGGCGCAACGGCGGAGACGCGAGGGAUGGCGGAAGAUGGGGAAAACGCAGGGAGUCGGAGAGGAGAGGGCGGAGACUGCGCGCAUGGCGGAGUGCUUCCGAAGAUGAGGCGGGAUGACGUGGCGAUGCGCGUGAUCGGCAUGAUGGGCGCGGCAGCGGGGAGCGCGGAGGAGCUUUCUUUUGAGCAGCUGGUGGGUGUGAGCGGGUGGUGCGCGCAACGCGCCGUGGAGGUCCGCGUGGCGGCGCAACUGGCGGAGAGGCUUGCGGAGGUGGAGGAGCGGGUGAGAGCGGAAGAGCGGAAGAGAGAGGAGGAGCGGGAGAGAGAGGAAGAGAGGGAUGAAGCCGGUGCAGGGUGCAAGCGUGCUCGCAUGGCUGAUGGCUCUGCUGCUCUCCGCAUGAAAGAGUUCCUUUCCUCCCAUGCAAAGGCCGCGAGGGAAAAGGCGCAGGAGGUGAGGCGGAAAGUGCGUGCGCUGUGGGAGAAACGCGCUGUGCGUUGCGGGGCGAAGCAGGUUGAAUUGGAGGGGGAGGAGGAGGAAGAGGAAGAAGAUGAGGAGGACGAGGAGGAGGAGGAAGAGGAGGAAGAGGAGGAAGAGGAGGAGGAAGAGGAGGAGGAGGAAGAGGAGGAAGAACGUGAGGAAAAGGAGGGUGCAAUGGAGGAAGGCGUUGGUGAUAACUACGACUCGGUGCAGGUGAGCAGGGCGCGGGCAGCAGGGGGGCAAGGGGCGCAAGCAGCACAAGGGGCGCAAGCAGCGCAAGGGGCGCAAGCAGCACAAGGGGCGCAAGCAGCACAAGGGGCGCAAGCAGCACAAGGGGCGCAAGCAGCACAAGGGGCGCAAGCAGCACAAGGGGCGCAAGCAGCACAAGGGGCGCAAGCAGCACAAGGGGCGCAAGCAGCACAAGGGGCGCAAGCAGCACAAGGGGCGCAAGCAGCACAAGGGGCGCAAGCAGCACAAGGGGCGCAAGCAGCACAAGGGGCGCAAGCAGCACAAGGGGCGCAAGCAGCACAAGGGGCGCAAGCAGCACAAGGGGCGCAAGCAGCACAAGGGGCGCAAGCAGCACAAGGGGCGCAAGCAGCACAAGGGGCGCAAGCAGCACAAGGGGCGCAAGCAGCACAAGGGGCGCAAGCAGCACAAGGGGCGCAAGAAGGACAACCAGGGGCGCAACGAGUGGUGCUGGAUGGUGCAGGGGUGGAGCCAACAGUGGUCGAGGAGGAAAUUUUGCAUGAGACUUGGUUCCAGGAAAGAAAGCGGCUCCAAUCCGAGGACGAUAUAAUCAGAUUCGUGCUGGCCCAGAAGGGAACAGGAGCAGCAGCAGCAGGAGGAGGAGGAGGAGGAGGAGCAGCAGCAGCAGCAGCAGCAGGAGGAGGCGGAGAAGCAGCAGCAACAGCAGCAGGAGGAGGCGGAGGAGGAGCAGCAGGAGCAGCUGAGCCAUCUCAGGAGCUCACCAUUUCAGGCCUGGAAUCCCCUUUCGACGACAACCCAAACCGCAGCCUCGCCUAUUUCCUCACCGCUGGUCCCACCUACCGCCCAUUCCUCUUCGCCUCCCUCUCGUCCCUCACCCUCCACCGCCUCUCCCCCAUCCCCGCUCGCGCCCUCCUCGCCCUUGCCAAGUUCCCCUCCCUCUCCUCGCUCUCCUUCCAGAAAACCUCUGUUAGGCCAGGGGACCGAUUCCCAUUCUCGUGGUUCUCUCGGCUGCACAGGCUUGUGUUGGACUGCCCAGACCCGCACCACAUGAACCUCGACUCUCGCGCGGCCCCUAGGCCGCAGCAGCCGUUUGGAAAUCUAAGGGAGCUGCAUGUGAGCAACGUGAGCGACUCGCUGCUGCGAGACGUGUGCUCUCUGGAACACCUUGACGCCUUCUCGUGCACGUGCAGCGAGGAAGUGACUCUCUACGGCUUGAACCAGCUGGAAAGACUCACCAGGCUGACUCGACUCCAAGUGGCGCCUGCAAACCUGUACGAUCAUUACCUGGAGCUGCAGUUUCGGAGUGAUUCCCUACCGGAGGUAUCCAGGGUGUGCAAACGGCUCGAGCCCACCCCCAUGGGCGUUUGCGAGUGUGCUGACGGGUUAGAUCACCCCGAGCACCCGUGCUUGGAUAGCAGCGUGAGGGAGGUGGUGGGUGCUCUGCCGAACCUGCAGCAUGUAGGCGUGCACGGGGUGCAAACCAGCAGUCAAGACCUGCGAGCGCUGGCCUCUCUCACACACCUCAUCACUCUCCACGUCACCGGCACCAACCUGAAGGACGUUGGAUGGAUCAGGAGCUUUUCUCAGUUGAGAGACCUGGGACUGGCUGGAUGUAAGAAUCACAUUCCCGUUGCCCUUAAUCUCACCCCUCUCAUUGCUAACCACGUUGUCCUCGCGUUCGCCGAAUCGCUUUCCCAUCUCCCAUUCCGUCGCGCGUCACGUCUCCAUCUUGUCGUUCGUCCCGUCGCGCGUAACGUCGCCCUCUCUCCCCUCGUGACCACCUGUCGCCCUUUCUCCCGCCCCUCCCUUCCCAUCGCGCGCUCUCUCUCUGCGCCCUUCCCGUCGCCCUCUCUCUCGCCCCUCCCUUCCCAUCGCGCUCCCUCUCUCCGCGCCCUUCCCGUCGCGCUCUCUCUCCCCUCUCCCUUCCCAUCGCGAUCUCUCUCUCCGCGCCCUUCCCGUGGCUCUCUAUCGCCCUCCCUUCCUAUCGCGCUCUCUCUCUCCGCUCCGUCCUCUCUCCCGUCCCUCCCUUCCCAUCGCGCUCUCUCUCUCCGCGCCCUUCCCGCCCUCCCGUAUCCCGUCGCCCUCCCUUUUCCCGUCGCCCUCCCUUUUCCCGUCGCCCUCCCUUCAAAUCGCCUUCGCGAUCUGCUCUCCCGUUCCAUCGCCCUCCCGUUUCCCGUCACCUUCUGUCUUUCUUUUCAUUCGCAUCACCUUGCACGUCAUAAUUUUCCCCCUCGUGCUGCUGUUCUUUUCUGUUUUUCGUAA